AAUCCACACCUAAAAAGAUUGCAAUUGGAGUACCAAAAACAGAUAGGAAACACGAGCAAUGGCAGCAGCAACUCUAUCUCUGCUCAACAUUUUCUCUAUCAAAAACCCUAACAAUCUAAAAUAUUUCUAUUCCCUUUCACUUCUCCCUCUCAAAGGACUUCAUUUAUGCAAUAACCCUAGAAAAUUCACUAGUUCUGUCACAAUUUCUUCUACAGAGCCACAAAUUUCUCUCAAUUCUACCAGUGUCAAUGAAGAACUCGAAAGCUAUAUUUCAUGUUCGAUGCCUGGGAAAUCACGCAAAGUCGCUGUUCUUAUUAGUGGUGGCGUUGAUAGCAGUGUUGCUCUUCGUCUUCUCCACCAUGCUGGACAUUCUUGCACAGCGUUUUACCUCAAAAUAUGGUUUCAGGAAGAUUAUGAAAACUUUUGGUCAGCUUGCCCAUGGGAUGAAGACUUGAAGUAUGCAGAAGCUGUUUGUAAUCAGAUUGGCGUACCUUUGGAAGUUGUUCAUUUAACAGAUGAGUACUGGAAGAAUGUGGUGUCUUACAUUAUCGAGGAGUAUCGAUGCGGUAGAACUCCCAACCCGGAUGUCCUUUGCAAUACUAGAAUUAAGUUCGGCGCUUUCAUGGAUGCUAUUAGCACUCUGGGUUUUGAUCAUGUUGCUUCUGGACAUUAUGCACGAGUAAUUCAUUCAUCAUAUGAAGCAAAUGGAACUUCCCGCCUGGAAUUAUCAGGGGACAUGGUCAAGGAUCAAACGUACUUUCUUUCUCAUCUUUCUCAGGGGCAGCUUAGACAACUACUUUUUCCUCUUGGAUGCAUCUCAAAGGACGAAGUGCGUAAGUUGGCUACAAAAUUGGAGCUUCCUAACAAAGAAAGGAAGGACUCACAAGGAAUAUGUUUUCUUGGGAAGAUAAAGUUUAGCGAGUUUGUUGCAAGGCAUAUCGGGGAGUUGGAAGGCAUCUUACUCGAAGCUGAGACUGGAAAUUUCCUCGGCAAACACAGGGGAUUUUGGUUCUACACCAUUGGUCAGCGCCAAGGUCUACGCCUCCCUGGUGGACCCUGGUAUGUUGUCGAAAAGGAUGUUGAAAACAAUGUGGUCUUUGUAUCGAGAAACUAUUUCUCUUUUGAGAAAAGAAGGCGAAGGUUCCGCGUCGGAUCACUGAAAUGGCUUAAUGGGCCACCAGUGGACCAGUUUGACCAGCUUCUGUGCAAGGUACGACAUGGGCCCAGCUUCUAUAGUUGCAGCCUAACAAUGGAACCAGGUGAAGACUGCAAGGAAGAUUCUGCUGUUGUCCAUUUAUGUGAAGACGAUCAAGGAUUAGCUGCGGGCCAAUUUGCUGCCUUCUACAGGGAAAAAACCUGCUUAGGUUCUGGUGUAAUUCUGGAAUCUUGGGACGAUCAGGGUUUCCCAGUUUGUGAUAAAGCUCUUGAAAUUGCUAAAAUGAAGUACAAAUCAAAACUCGGGAAACCAGUUAAGAUAAUGACGAAACAAGAGCCGUCUUGUCCGAGGAACUCUAAGCAGAAACACAUUGUUGAAGAGCUUAACAAAGAAUCCAUGGAUGUAACUGAGUCACAUAUACAGACAUCUAAAGAAGGGUUGAUGUCUAGUUCUUCUCUAAAUUUGUUUCACAAACUUAAAGAGAAGCUCAUGUGUAUAUUCUAGGUCGCUCUGUAAAUUUGUAAUAGCUUUUUUCUUGUAAAACGUAGUUUUAAUUGGAUACCUCUGAAUUUACUGUGCUGAGAAGUGAAAUGGUCGAUGGUCCAAGAGAUCAGAAAGGCCAAAGUUUUGAAAAUCUGAUUAUGUGCAGGGCCUGGAGGCCAACAAAUACAACAACAAAUAAUACUAUUA